CUCUCCGGUUCUUUGUCUGUCUCCGCCGGCGGCCGCUGGAGCUGCGUUCUCGGCUCCCUAUUGGUUGCCCCAAGCCGGUGGGCCAUGACGUCGCUUAUUUGCAUAUGACAUUGAGACGUCACCAAGGCCAGCCCCGCCUUCCAGGCUUGCUUGGGUGCUUGUCCUCUGCUGACCCGGUGGGCUCGGUGUCGAGCCCGGCUGAGGGUUGAGAGACGUUGAAAGGCAAGCGGGACCCGAGGGGACUCGGCGGUUUCCGUGUUAAUCUAGGGACUGGGGUCGGGCCUCUCAUCCGCUUUUUUCUUGCGACCUGAGGAAGGGUCGGAGGGCAUGCUCGAUCUAAGUUGAGAGGGUGGUAGGUGGAUGAAGGAGGCUUCAGACUCCAGGUCCCUGAGACAGCACCAGAUGGCAGCGGAUGCCCUCUGUCUUCAGGCUCCGCCCCCAACAUAAUAACAUCCUUCUAAUCCCCGACAUGUGUGCAGAGCCUUAGUUGAUGUCAUUUUCAGCCUACAGAUAUUGAGGGUCUUAAACCCCACUUCAUGGAAGGUGAAACUGAGACCCAGAGAGACAUAGCUUACUGGAGAUCUCAGCCAAUUAGAGUCACACUCAAUGAGUGACAGGACAGGUUCCUUAGCUGUGGGCAAACGCAUAGUACAAGCUCAGUUCAAAUAAAAAACUAUAUAUCCAUUUACUGGGGACCCUGUCUUGGGCUCAGCACCAUACCAGUUUGACAGGGUGUUUCGGUCUUCUCGAUUCUGGGCAUUUUCCCAGGAGGUCUCUGAAGAUUGGGUCCCUUUCAAGGCCCUGACCACCUCUGCAUUCUCUCUACCUUAGAACCCAAUAAAUUGCUGUCUCCCAGCUGUUUUGACCACAGAAAGGUUUUUGCACUGCCAUAGGGCGCCCCCUUGAGGUUGCUUCACCCGCUGACCAUGUUCCAGCGCUUCACCAGCCUUUUCUUCAGCACCCCUUCGCCUCCUGAAGACUCCAACUGCCCCGAGGCCUUCGUCUCAGAGGAGGAUGAAGUGGAUGGCUGGCUCAUCAUUGACCUGCAGGAUAGCUACGCAGCUCCCCCAAACCCUGGGGCCUCUCCAGCUCCUGCAGGCCGCCCUCCACCCGCGCCCUCCUUGAUGGACGAGAGCUGGUUUGUUACCCCUCCCGCCUGUUUUACUGCAGAGGGGCCCGGUCUUGGGCCGGCCCGCCUCCAGAGCAACCCCCUGGAGGACCUCCUCAUUGAGCAUCCCAGCAUGUCCGUUUAUGUCACCGGCAGCACCAUAGUGCUAGAGUCUGGGCCACCUUCCCCUCAUCCGGACGCUGCCUUGCCCGAUCAGGACCUCAGCGAUGGAGAGUUGGCGCCUGCUCGCCGGGAGCCCAGGACCCUGCACCACGCAGCUGCUGCUGUGCCGGCGGCGCGAGCUGUGUUGCUGGAGAAGGCCGGCCAGGUACGGAGGCUGCAGAGGGCCCGGCAGCGGGUAGAGCGCCACGCCUUGAGUGCUAAAGUGCUACAGCGGCAGAAUCGCGCUCGGGAGAGUCGUUCGCGCCGGCCCAAGCACCAGGGCAGCUUCAUUUACCAGCCGUGCCAGCGCCAGUUCAACUACUGAGCGCCCCUGCUACACCUCCAGUCCCAUGCAGACUCCCGGGCCCCAUCUGCCUCCUCUGCAGCAGCCAGUGUGCUGCUCGAGGGGUGUCCAGGGUCCGCCUGCCUCCAUCUGGAUACCACAACCUCCCUCCUUCCUAAGUGUUUGAGGUGGGAUGAUGGCCCUCUACUCCCUGAUUCCUCAGUUUCUUCUAACUCACCUGCUGACCUCUUUCACCGCGGGUCACCCUCCCCACCUGUUUCUGAUUUCUCACCAUCACACUCCCACUCCUGCUCUCCCAUGCUUCCUUUCAGACCCCCUGUUCUUGUCUCUCACCCCUUCACUUUGUCCUCCUAGCCCACCGAUUUCCAAGAGCCUCUCCCACCAUGACCUGGCACCACGAUUCCCCACUUUCAGCCCCUACUUUCCAAGACCUCCCUUCUUCAUUCCCGGCAAUUCCCUCCCAACCCUGACCAGGUACAACCUGCCAGGCCUGGGCCAUUGUUCUUACAGCCCUGUGGUCAGGUGUCAGGCACGGGGUUUUGAUUUCAGUCAUCCCGCCCACCCACCCACCCGCCCGCCCGCCCUGGGGGUUGAGCUCCUUGGACUGCUUAGGCCUGGAAAGUUUAAGUAUGUGGAGGAGGACAGUGAGUUGUAAGUUAGAUAGGGUGAAGGGAAUGGAAGGAAACAGGCAGCCUAUCGGGAUGCAGACAGGGACAGAUGGGUUGAGAAACAGUUGGGAGCAGGGCAUCGUGAGAGCUGGCACUGUGCUUGGUCAGAGGAGUUAGGCCUGGUCUUAGGCUUGAGCCUGGAGCCUGCCCCCAUUUCCUUUUCCUAUAAUCCUGCCCUCCAGGACUUUUCCUGAAAUCUGUCCCCCUUCAGGAGUAAAACCCCCCACCUCCCGGUGAGUCUAGAGUCCGAAGGGCUUGUACCUUGUCACCUUACCUUGACAUGCCACCCCAGGAGUAGAAGCUGGGUAAGGCCUCCGACAUUCUGGUCAUCUUUGUUCAUAUGCCCAAGGUGCUAGAAUUAGCUUAGGAGAGAUGCCGGCCAGAGGGCUUCCAGGCAGGGAAAAGGGUACAAACCCCAAGGCAAGAAUGCAGAGGGAUGAUGCUAAGGAGGACAAGUUUGGGGUAAAGCCAUCCCUAGGCUGAUAGCUCUGCCUUCAUCUUGCCUCUGGCCUUAUAUUUCAUACUUUGCUCAAUAUGUCUGGCUAAUAAACACUCCUGGGUAGGAGGCCAGGAGCCUCACUGUUCCAAUUCCCAAAAUUUUUUCUUAGAGAAGUUCAGGGCCUUCAAGGGACUUCUUAAUGUUCUCCCACAGGGCUCUUCCUUUCCGAGUGCCCUGUGGUCUCUCUUCCCUUUCUAGUUAAAUAUCUGGAGUAAGGAAUUCUUGGGUAGAGCACAGGGAUGGGGUAGCCAGCUUUUCCCUUCUUGUGGUGGGGCUCAGACACCAGCAUCAGCCUCUUGGGAUGCCCCAAGUUGUUUCCAAUUCUUUCUAGCUGUCCUUUUUUAAGUGUGUGCUCUUCCUUCCUCAAAACUUUUAGAUUUCCUGUUACAUAUUAACACAGGUCUUCCCUUUCACUCCAACUCCAGGUUUCCAGGCCUCAGAGCCACGUCGGGGUUGGAGAAAACUGCAUUCCUAUGAGGGUAAAAGUAGCUGCCCUCUCUGAUCCUUUCUCACCAGGCUUUACGUGGGGAUGGGAGAGGAUGUCCCCAGGAUGGGGACAGAGGAAGCCCUGCUAGGGUCUCCUAGCUCAAGGAUAAGCCAAACGCAAACUAUACGCUGAUCAAAACCUCACACCAGCUUAUCAGGGCCCUAGUAAUUGAUAACCUCGUUCCUGUCCCAAGCUCUUCAGUUAUAACUUAGUAACUUACUCUUCCUGCUAUCCUAAGGCCAGCUUAGGAUCUUCAGCACUUCCAAGAGCUGAAACUCCUUCCAGCCCUUCUAUCUAAUCCUCACUGCCAGAUGGGGGCCUAGGCUCAGUGCUGGGCAAGUGCCCAUGAUCCAGAUGGGGGCCUAGGCUCAGUGCUGGGCAAGUGCCCAUGAUCCAGAUGGGGGCCUAGGCUCAGUGCUGGGCAAGUGCCCAUGAUCCAGAUGGGGGCCUAGGCUCAGUCCUGGGCAAGUGCCCAUGAUCCUGCUGCUGUGGGAAGUUUGAUAGGGCAUUUGGCUCAAAUUUCAAAAGGCCUCACUCCUGACCUGUAUUUCUAGAAGCUCCUGUAGUUCUAGAACCCUCCAAUCUCUCAUCUGACUGGUUGCAAGGCUUAUUUUUCUUUUGUACUUUCCUAUAGAUUCUGUAGCAUUUGAGUGUGGCAAUAUUUUAAUUGUGUAUAGAUUUCUCAGUCUCCUGCUAGUCUGACUCCUGAAGCAUCAGCCCCUGUCAUACUGUAUUGACUGUGUAUGUGCCUUUCACCUUGAGCAUGCUUCAGGAUUUUUUUCUUAAACCACAGAACUUGAAUACACAAGGGAACCAGAAUUCACAAAGUCCUAUGCAACCCUAGACAGGAGGAGGUUAGAGAGUCUGUCUUGAGUGAUGAUUUCAGAGACCCUGGAGAAAUUUGUACCAGUUUGUAUUAAUGUCAGUACUACCAGCACUUUGCCAAAACUAAGGAUGUCAGAGGGACCUGUUUCUAGAGUGAGUCUCCAUUACAUCAAAGGGCAAUUUCCAGCUUUCUCCAAUAAGUCUGAGUGGUUCUCUUGAGCUGGUGUCACUUUCUAACCUUUGCCAGUCUAGCCCCAGUAGGGCACUGUGUGUGUGUGAGUGCAGUUUGGUGCUGUUUUGGAGUAUGCCUGCUCCCCAGCCUGGAACCCUCUGAUCAACUUGCUGUGACCUAUAAUGUCUUAGGUGCAACAAGGACCCUACCAGAGCUCCUGGGCGGCUUUCAAGAUCCAUGUAGCUUUGUGUGAGGGGACUGAAUGCAGACAAACCACAGCCUGCUCUAAUAACUUCUUACCCUACCACCUAGUUCCAAAUGGAACCAACAAGUUGAGUGCAUCUUUGUUGGGUGUUUGUGUUGAGACUGGCUGAAAUGAAAAAUCUUUGACUGACCAUGUUGUGAUGUGUCGACAGACUCAAGGACACAACCACCUCGACCUGGUCAUGUGGCAUGCCUGUGUAUGUGUGUAACAGGAUUCUGAAUGUUAGAUUGUAAUGCUAUUCCUGUAUGGGAGAAAAAAUAAUAUAAACAAAUAAAAAUCUAUUUAAAGCACA